UUUGGAAGAAAUUCAACAUUUAUUGUCCAAUCCUCCUCCUCCUCCUCCUCUGUUUACACCUCCACCCUCACUCCGCUUCCUCUCACUGCCUGGGCCAUUUCAGAACAUUCUGUGAUGAGCUCCCAGAGGCCCAUUGUGCAGUAACAAAGAAUUCCACCAGGUUCUGAGCUGCAGCUUCUGACCUGGCCAGUUUUCCUAUGAGGAGAGCUACCUUUAUAGCUCAAAAUGGCAUUGCUGGCCCAGUACGGCCCAGGCCUCUAGGCUUGCUAAUCACUCAGAACCCACGCCAGAACUCAUCAUGCCCAUCAAACCUGUUGGAUGGAUAUGCGGGCAGGUGUUGAAGAACUUUUCUGGAAAAAUCGAGGGGCUCCAGAAAGUCCUCAUGGACCUGGUAGACGAGUUCAAGGACGAGUUCCCGGCUCUCCUCCGGUUAUCACAGUCAAAUCAGGUCAGAGGUGGUUCUUUGUUUGAAAUUAUUUCCUUCCCAGCAAAGACUGCUUUAACCAGCAUAAUGUACGCUUCAUAUGCAGCACUCAUUUAUUUGACCGUCUGUGUCAACGCUGUGGUGGAGAAGGUAACAAGCAUUUUCCAAGAAGAAGACUCCAUAAGGCAGAACAGAGAGGAGAGUGGAAAGCCCCGGAAAGCCUUUUCUGAGCCCUUGCGCUCUGAGCCUUCGUUUCCUGACGGUGAAAUCGCAGCCAAACCCUACAGGUCCUUGCCGGAGAAGCCGGACAUGUCCCAGCGGCCCAAGCGGCCUGCUAAGGAGCCGAGUAGUAAGAUCCAGGUUUUACAUUCUGUGUUUGACUAAUUAACUGAAAUGGAUCAACGAGCAAACUUGAGCAGAGAUAUCACUGCGCAGAGAGCUUGAGAAGUGUCUCUAUGGCACAUCUCAUCUGACAAAGCUCUUGCUGGAGUGUCCCCGUAGCAGGGGAUGCUCUCUGCUUGUAGUAAAGGGAGGUGGGAAACUACUACAGAAAUAUCAUUGCUCCAGUGUUUAUAUGGUAGAAAAAAAUAAAACAAAUCUUGAUAUGAAA